GCAGGCUGAUACGAGUUCAUUUAUAACAGGAGUGUCCACUGCCUCAGUUGGAUCUCCUGAAUAUCAGUGAAGUUUCUGUCAAACUGCACUGAAGAGGACAUUAACGGUAAGGACAGACCUCCAAUAAAUUACUGAUUUGAAAGCUUCAUUUAAGGCUGUAAAGAUGUGUGAUACCUCCAAUCGUUGGUCAAUGCAGCAGUCUGGGGCCUGUCAAGACCCCCACAGCUCUGGACACAGCCAUACUGAUGAUACUAGCUACCACAGGCUGUCCUCCUCCAAUGCUGACUUUGCCUUUGCCCUCUACAAAAGUCUGAAGGCCAACACUGCUGCUGGAAAGAACAUCUUCUACUCACCACUGGGAAUCUCCAGCAUCCUGGCCAUGGUGUCUGCAGGAGCUGGAGGUGAAACCCACAGCCAGCUGUUCUCCACCUUGGGCUACAGCGCCUUCAACCAAACCCAGGUCAAUGAAGAGUACAAACAUCUCUUUGAGGUCCAUGGACACAGUCAGGAGAAUCUACAGCUGGAUGUAGGAAAUGCUGCUGCAGUGCGCUCUGGCUUCAAUCCUCUGGAGACGUUCCUGAAUGAUGUCAAGGAGUUUUACUCUGGUGAGAUCUUCAAGGUCAGCCAGGAUCUCUCUGAGGCUGCAGCUGAGAUCAACAGAUUUAUUGCAAAUAAAACCCAGGACAAGAUCAGAGACAUGGUGAAGGACCUGGAUCCUCUUAUGGUCAUGGUGCUGAUCAACUACGUCUACUUUAAAGGACUGUGGGAGAACCCGUUCCAAAGUUAUAAUACACAUAAGGCUGAAUUUCAUGUGGACAAGACCACCAAAGUUCAGGUGGACAUGAUGAGGAGGACCGGGAACUACAAGGUCUGCUGGGACACAGCAAACCACGCCACUGUCAUCAGUCUGCCUUACAAGGGCGACGCCUCCAUGAUGAUCGUCCUUCCUGAUGAAGACAAGAUGGAGGAGGUGGAGGGCUACAUCAACAAGGACCACAUCAGACGCUGGAGAGACUCAGUCUCUAUGAGUCGUAUAAGAUUGUUCUUGCCAAAGUUUUCCAUCUCUUCUGAUGCUUCCCUGGAGAGCACUCUGAAAGAAAUGGGCAUCAUAAAUGCUUUUGAGGACAACGCUGAUUUCUCUGGUAUAUCUGAAGAGUUCAAGCUCAAAAUCUCAAAGGCGUCACACAAGGCUGUGCUCAGUGUCACUGAGAUUGGAACAGAAGCAACAGCUGUCAGCACCAUGGAGAUCACAUUGUUAUCGUUGCCUCCAACCAUCAGUAUUGACAGACCAUUCUUGGUUUUCAUCAUAGAGAACUCCAGUGGGAGCAUCCUCUUCAUGGGCAAGAUCAACAACCCAACAUCUGAGUGAAGAAUCCAAGAUAAUCAGUCCUACAUCUCAUCACUGGAGAAUAGGUUAUUGUAAAAUCAGGACUCAUCUGUAAACACUAGGGGUGGGACUCACUUGUUCGCUUCCAUAUUGGAUAAAUGCCGAUACUACACUGUAUGCUAUGAUGCAGUGGCUGAGAAUAUAGAGUUCCUGUAAUAAUUUAUACUGUAUGUUGUAAAAGCCAUGUUAUUAACUGGUAAAGUGAAGAAUAGAAAAUGCUCCACAAAAAAUAAAGCCUGAAAAUUCAGGAUUUAUUUUUUGUUAUUCAGUCAGAUUUACAGAAUAUGCAAGUGGAUUUAACAUUGUUCCAAUAAUCAGACUGUAAAUGGGCUAAAAUUGAACAUGAUAGAAUUAAAUCAGCAGAUGAGACUAAAAAGUUACAGCUACUGAAGUGAUUCAGAUGUAAACAGAGGGUGACUGAUGAGGGUUGUGAGAAUGGAAAAAGCAGGAGGAGAAAGUAAAAAGUAACACAGUAUGCUAAAGGAAUCUCUCAUCAUAUAUUGAACAAAAAACUCACUAGAUAUCUGCAUUUUGAGUAAAUUUGAAUGUAUGAACUCACCAGGAGAACACCAUGUUUUAGUCUGCACUGGUAGUGUGAUGUCAUCUGGCCACAGCGCUCCUUGUACUGUGUCUGUGCAGUAACCGGCUGUUUUGGAUUGGCUGUGUGUUUUUCUGCUUGCAGCUGCAUGUGUCCGCUCCGGCAUUCACUGUCACAGUUUCAUACCAGGCACCAGUUUGCUGUGUGUUGGCCGUGUCUCCCUGAUAUUGAAGCCUUGUCAUUCUUCAUCAGUUUUACCCCAGUAAACCCCCAACAAGUGACUUGUUUAAUGUAUAGUGGAACCAUGCAUGUGGCUUUUCAAAAUAAAAGCAUUCUCUACAAAUGACAGUUUCUCCAAAGAUAUGCUAAUGAAAGCUUUUAUUUUGACAAGAACAAACUGGAAGUGUGCUCACACUGUAUUUUCUUUGCUGUGAAAUUAUGUACAGGUGUGGAAACAGAAAGCUUCACUGAUUCUAGAAGCUUCAGGAGCAGCUUCAUGAACCUUUAGGUACCCUUUGAGCCAUUUUGUCAUGUUUUUUAAAUCAAGUUUAAUGUAAUUUUAAGCGUUUUUAGGCCUCUGGCAUGAUAUUUGGCCAAAUGUGUACUAAAAAAAACACAUUUACCCUUACAGCUAAAAAUUGACACCAUUGACUUCAAUUGUAAUUUGAUUUUUGAUCCUGGAGCCAUCAGAACAAAAACAUGCACUCCAAUAUUUUUGUGUUUUUCUUUUGAGUGUUUUUGUUGAAGUUGUAACUUUUACUAUUUUCCAUCA